UUAAACGCUGACGGAGGGGGUCUUCUGGUGGCGGGAGGGGGCGUCCCAGCCCCGGCGGCCGCCCGCUCCUCCCCUGCCGCCGCCGCCUCCACCGCCGCCGCCUCCGCGGCCCAGCCGGCACCGGCGAGGCCGCGCAGGAGCCCGGGCCGAGGCCGCCGCCGCCGCCGCCGCAGCGAGGCCAACAGUGAGUGCGGAGCGCAGAGGGCCAGCGGGUGGGUGCGGGAAGGAAGUGCGGGCAGGACUCCCGGGCAUGGGCGCGAAGGGGGAGACCGGCCGGACGGGCGCCCACCUUCCACGCAUGGGCGCCUCCAGGAGUCAUGCGGCCGCGUGUCCAGCCGCCCAGACGCCCCAAGGCGUCGGCGUGAAGACGCGGGGAGGUGGCGGGAGCGAGCGGCGGUUGUGCAGUGUGUCCGGCGGCGGGCGCUGCGCGGUCGCCCGGCGGUCUGGGUGUGUGCACGCGACUGCAUGCACACGUGUGCGUGGACCUCUGGGGUGCCUUGGUCCGGCGCGCACGGCGCUGGGGGUCCCGGUGUGCCCGUGAGUCCGGAAGUGCAGGUGGAAUGUGUGCGUGCAUCCUGGGCAGCGGUGCGGACUGGAGCCGCAGGAUGGAGCGUGGGCCCGCAGGUCUUUGUGCAGCGGGUGUGAGCGUGGGCGCGGCCGCCCGCUGUCCCGGGAGCUGACAGCUGCUCCGGGUGGAUGCUGAGCUGUGACCGCAGCUCCCCAGGAGUCCCCUGCCCGGCCUCCCCAGGCGGGCAGUGGAAUCGGCCGGGCCUCUGGGCGCACCAUGCGCAGCACCACACUACUAGCACUGCUGGCACUGGUCCUGCUCUACCUGGUGUUGGGUGCCCUGGUGUUCCAGGCCCUAGAGCAGCCCCACGAGCAACAGGCCCAGAGGGAGCUGGGGGAGGUCCGAGAGAAGUUCCUGAGGGCGCAUCCAUGUGUGAGCGACCAGGACCUGGGGCUCUUCAUCAAGGAGGUGGCUGAUGCCCUGGGAGGGGGUGCGAACCCUGAUACCAACUCUACCAGUAACAGCAACCACUCAGCCUGGGACCUGGGCAGCGCCUUCUUUUUCUCAGGCACCAUCAUCACCACCAUCGGGUAUGGCAACGCGGCCCUGCGCACAGAUGCUGGGCGCCUCUUCUGCAUCUUCUAUGCACUGGUGGGGAUCCCACUGUUUGGGAUCCUGCUGGCCGGGGUCGGGGACCGGCUGGGCUCCUCCCUGCGUCACGGCAUCGGUCACAUUGAAGCCAUCUUCCUGAAGUGGCACGUGCCACCGGAGCUGGUGCGAGUGCUAUCGGCGGUGCUUUUCCUGGUGAUCGGCUGCCUGCUCUUUGUCCUCACACCCACGUUCGUGUUCUGCUAUGUGGAGGGCUGGAGCAAGCUGGAGGCCAUCUACUUCGUCGUAGUGACUCUCACCACGGUGGGCUUCGGGGACUAUGUGGCCGGUGCCAGCCCCAACCAGAACUCUGCAGCCUACCAGCCAUUGGUGUGGUUCUGGAUCCUGCUCGGCCUAGCCUACUUCGCCUCAGUGCUCACCACCAUCGGGAACUGGCUGCGAGUAGUGUCCCGCCGCACUCGGGCAGAGAUGGGCGGCUUCACGGCGCAGGCCGCCAGCUGGACCGGCACGGUGACCGCGCGGGUGACCCAGCGGGCCGGGCCCACCGCACCCCCGCCGCCGGAGAAGGAGCGGCCACCCCUGCCUCCACCGCCGUGUGCACCCCAGCCUGCCGGCAGGCCCCUAUCCCCUGCGGCCCCGGAGAAGGCCGAGCUGCCCUCCCCGCCCACCCCGCCCACGGCCUCUGCGCUGGAUUACCCCAGCGAGAACCUGGCCUUCAUCGACGAGUCCUCGGACACGCAGAGCGAGCGCGGCUGCGCGUUACCCCGCGCGCCAAGGGGUCGCCGCCGUUCCCCCAAUCCCCCCAGGAGGCCCGCGCGUCCCCGGGGCCCCGGGCGUCCCCGGGAGAAAGGCAUGCCUGUGUAGGUGCAGGACGCGGGGCCGAGCCUCUUAGGGAGCUUCGUUCUCGCUCUCUCCCCGGCAUGCUCCACUUGUUUGACCAAAGAGUCCUCCCUGGACCGGACCGAAGCCUGGGAAGGAGGCUACAGGUUGCUUGUCUGCUACACACCCGCUCCCAACCCUCUCCUCACUUCAUCCAUUUCCAGACUCCCAAGGCAUUCGGUCUCGCUGUCCCGGCUGGGCCUGCCCCUCACAACACCUCACGACUGUGCCCAGAGCCUGCAUCAAUAAACCAGAGCAGUCUGCACCGCUGCGGGCGUGCGCGCUCCGGGGCCGCGCGUGGGGGGGGGAAUGCUCGCGCUGGGUCUCCUCGCGGGCAAAUCAGGCCUCCCAUGACCCCUAGGUCGAGUCCCCCCCGCCCCGGGCACCCACGUCAGUUAAGGCACAGGCUGGGUUGUGUUCGGGCCUGUAUCACUCUGCCUGGAGGCUACGGGAGAGGAUCCGGCACAGGAAUCUGCCAAGAUGGGCUGUGCAGGUCUCCAGCCUCAGCACGGCUAGUGGUGGUGGUGGUGGUGGUGGU